GGGAAGUAGUAAACCUUACUUAAAUUGAAAUAAAGGCACCAAAAACCCUUUUCUCUCUCUCUUUAUAUAUCUCUUCACUUAUUAUUCAUCUCUCUUUUAGGGUUUUUGUUUUGCCUUCUCCAAAUUUCUCCAAUACAUAAAAAUGAGCAACACUAAAGACAACUUCAAUGUUGCUGAUCUCAGUGCUGCUCUAAAUGCUGGGGACAGAGCAGACCUUGUUAAUGUUCUCAAGAAUAAACUUCAGGACCUUACUGGGAAGCACACAAACUUGCUUGAAAAUUUGACGCCCAAUGUUAGAAAGCGUGUUGAAGUUCUAAGAGAGAUUCAGUCUCAACAUGACGAAUUGGAGGCAAAAUUUUUUGAGGAGAGAGCUGCGCUUGAAGCCAAAUACCAAAAGUUGUAUCAGCCUUUAUAUACUAAGAGAUUUGAUAUUGUGAAUGGAGUUGUUGAAGUUGAUGGCAGUGUGACUGAGGCCGCAGCAGCGGACCAGAAAGAAGAGGCAGUGGAGAAAGGAGUCCCUGAUUUCUGGUUCACUGCAAUGAAGAAUAAUGAUGUUCUAGCUGAGGAGAUCACAGAGCGAGAUGAAGGAGCACUCAAAUUUCUCAAGGAUAUAAAGUGGACCAGAAUUGAUAAUCCCAAGGGAUUUAAGCUUGAAUUUUUCUUUGAUACUAAUCCGUACUUCAAGAAUACUGUGCUGACUAAAACAUAUCACAUGAUUGAUGAAGACGAGCCUAUACUUGAGAAGGCCUUAGGGACCGAGAUAGAAUGGUAUCCAGGAAAAUGUUUGACACAAAAGAUUCUAAAGAAGAAGCCAAAGAAGGGCUCAAAGAAUGCCAAGCCUAUUACUAAAACAGAACAAUGCGAAAGUUUCUUCAACUUCUUUAGUCCACCUCAAGUUCCAGAGGAUGAAGAGGAUAUUGAUGAAGAUGCUGCUGAAGAACUUCAAAGUCUGAUGGAACAAGACUAUGAUAUUGGAUCCACUAUUCGAGAUAAGAUUAUUCCGCAUGCGGUUUCUUGGUUCACUGGGGAAGCUGCCGAAGAUGAUUUUGCUGACUUGGAAGAUGACGAGGAUGAAGAUGAUGACGAGGAUGAUGAUGAUGAAGAUGAUGAGGACGAGGAGGAUGAUGAGGACGAUGAAGAUGAUGAGGAUGAGGAGGAUAGCAGUACCAAGAAAAAGUUGUUUAUAUUUAUACCGCAGAGGAGUGGUAGAGCACUUGGAGCAGAUGGUCCAGCUGGUGAGAGGCCACCAGAGUGCAAGCAACAGUAGACGUUCGUUGGAGCUGGCUAUGUUAUAUUUUUCUUGAAAAGAUGGAUGGCAGAGAAGAGAUCCUGCAAUUUUGUUUGCUUGUUAUUGUUCCAGUAAUGUUAGAACAAUCUUUUAGUCAUUUUUACUAUAUUUUCUGGUUUAUAUUCUUUCACUUUUGUCGGUUUGCGCGUUUAUAUUCUUGGGGUAGUAGAUAGGAAGUGUGAUGAAUGUUGUUGUGUACUCUUAUUGAACUGUUUGGUAAUUCAGAAAUCUCAAGUAUAGCUUUAGUUUUAAGA